CUAAGGAAGAGGAGAAAUGCUGCUAUUAUCGGGAAAAAAUUUCGAUGGCCCAAUGCUGUCGUACCAUAUGAGUUCAAGGACAACAACACUGAAUGGAAAAAACUCAUUUGGAGAGGUAUGAAGCAAUGGCAACGAGAAACUUGCAUUCGAUUUGUUGAGAGAACGAACGAAACGGAUUAUGCAGUUUUCUUCAAAGGUGGAGGGUGUUACUCGAGCGUUGGGCGAACUGGAGGACGUCAGUACAUUUCAAUUGGAUGGGGCUGCGAAUCGGGUAACUUCGAAAAACGAAGCGAUAUUAUGGACUCAGAAAUUCCUUACGAUUUCGGAUCUGUCAUGCACUAUGCUCCUCAGGCAUUCACAAAAAAUUGGAAGUUAGUCACAGUCGAAACAAAGGAUCAUCGGUUUCAACAUACAAUUGGACAACGUGGUGACGUCUCAUUUACUGAUGUGAAGCAUGCUAACAGCUUAUACUGCAGACGUGAGUUCUAUAUAACCAUCAAUAUCCAUGAAGCAACUCACUGUCACAGUACAACACGCAGCCCAAAAAAGAACAAAAAAUUUCGGGGAAGGAUAAUGUCUGUCGUACGAAAUUAUGGUGUGAAAAUGGGGGCUAUGAAGAUCCUCGAGACUGCACCAGAUGUAAAUGCCCGUCCGGGCUUGGUGGAGCUCGUUGCGAACGAGUUGCUGAUUCCACACGCACCACCAGGUGGUCGCAUCAGCUUCGAAACAGUAUCCACCAAUUUUGUCUGUGACUCGUCAUGUUCCGAAAAUUAUUUGGAGAUUAAGCACGCGAAAAAAUUGGAACAGACUGGAUUUCGGCAGUGCUGCAAUCCUGCUGCUGGCAGAACAGUUUCGGAUGGGAAUCAAGUGAUUGUGUCCAGCGUUUCAAAAACUGCUCCGUCAAAUUUUACCCUACGAUAUAUCUUAGAUUCUGAAUCCAUUCCACCUCCUCCAUCGGCUGCUUGGAAAGGGGAUGACGGUCUAACCGGCCUUUUUGGAGCCAACGAAGUGGGCAUUGACAACACAUUCGAAUCGAUCAUACUGAAGAAACUUCCUCAAGUGCUCGGGAGAAGCCGCGGAGGCCCAAAUGUUGCGUCAUUGUUUGGACUACUUGACACGUUCCUGCCCAAAGGAUAA